UGUAAGGACCGUGCUUUCCCUCCUAAACUAACCGGAGGGAAAGGGUUUUAGAAAUCGGUACCACACAGUCAUCUUAGUGAGAGGUGGGGUGAGUGAGGAACCACUUACAGAACCUGGAGCCCCUCCUGUCACUCCACCCCCAGCCCAAAGGGGCCGCUUUCUCUUUAAAUGCAAAUCACCUCGCUCCAGUUUAGCCGCCGCCCGCUGUAGUACCCGGGAGGACGGCGCGGAGGACUGCGGGAACUUGCUGCUGCGAGGUAUCACCAUCAUCACUCGGGACCCCACAACUCCAGGCCUGAGGCCCAGCCAGCAUCCAAUGGAUGACAAAAAGAAGAAAAGGAGUCCCAAGCCCUGCCUGGCCCAGCCAGCCCAGGCUCCAAGCACACUUCGAAGAGUCCCAGUACCCACAAGCCACAGUGGCUCCUUGGCCCUGGGUCUCCCUCAUCUGCCAUCCCCCAAGCAGCGGGCCAAGUUCAAGAGAGUAGGCAAGGAGAAAUGCCGCCCAGUACUGGCCGGAGGUGGGGGCGGCUCUGCAGGCACACCCCUACAGCACUCCUUCCUGACAGAGGUGACCGACGUCUACGAGAUGGAGGGGGGACUGCUGAAUUUGCUCAAUGACUUCCACUCUGGCAAGCUCCAGGCCUUUGGCAAAGAAUGCUCCUUCGAGCAGCUGGAGCAUGUUCGAGAGAUGCAGGAGAAGCUGGCCCGACUGCACUUCAGCCUAGACGUUUGCAGGGAGGAGGAGGAUGAGGAAGAUGAUGACGGAGUCACUGAGGGGCUACCAGAAGAACAGAAGAAGACGAUGGCUGACCGCAACCUGGACCAGCUGCUUAGCAACCUUGAAGAUCUUAGUAAUUCUAUACAGAAACUUCACCUGGCCGAGAACGCUGAGCCUGAGGAGCAGUCAGCUGCAUAGAUGUUGGACGCAAGCCCAGACUGCCUCUCAUUUCUUUCAAAGUGACUUUUUAUGGACUCGGGAGGGUAUUCCACAGCCCCCCAGGUGCUAUGGGGGAGGGGGGACUGGAUGGAAGUAAAAGAGAAAGAAAGAAAA